GCAUGCGUCGAAAAUGGCUGCAAUAGACGAUUAAGCACGAGGUGGAAGUAAAGGUUGACGAUAAACGCAACACGAAAUCUUUGUGAACUCAAAGAAAAAAUAAAAAUUAGAACGUAAAAAUGUAUUUGAUGUAUUAUCUAAAUGAGAAUGGAGAUCGAGUGUAUACAUUGAAGAAAAUGGAUCCAAAUGGAAAACCGACACUAUCGGCUCAUCCAGCUCGAUUUUCUCCUGAAGAUAAAUAUUCAAGAGAAAGGAUAACAUUAAAACGAAGAUUUGGCUUGUUACUCACACAACAACCACUACCAACAUAUUAAUAUUUUUAUGUCUAUAAUUAUAUGCGUAUAUAUUGCGUAGUAAUGGUAUUGAAUAUAAUAGCCUAAAAUAUUUAUAUGAUAUUUCUUACUGUUUGAAUACGGAACUGAACCUUCGACGCCUACAACUUCCCCUUUUGGUAAUCUAAAUGUCUGCUAUCCCCAUUUGUGUUAAAACAUUCAUAGCAUUUAUAAUUAUACUUGGGUGCAAAUUAUGUAUGAAAUGCAAUUAAUAUCUUAUAUAUAAUGGGUUAAUUAUUCAUUUUAUUUAAUAAAAUUUGUUUUUAUUCAGAA